CUCUCUCUCUCUCGCACAAAGACACUAAAAAGCCAGCCAAGCUCCGCACAACCACUACAAGCAAGCAAGCAGACGUCGACAUUCACUCUUCCUCCCUUCACUCCUCCGAAGCUCGCUCGCCAUGUUCCGCUGCGGGAUCGCCUACCCACGCUGCAGGUGGAUCGUGCCCCUGCUGCUGCUCUUUGCCAUCAUCUUCGACAUCAUCGCCAUCGCCGCCACGUCGGGCUGGGUGACGGACGAGGAGGGCAAGACGCACUACGCCAGCAUGUGGGAGCAGUACCACGGACGCAACGACCAGUGGGAGGGCAAGUCCCUCAUGGAGUUCUCAUGGGCACAAGCGGUGGCCGCCCUGAUGAUCCUCGGCCUCAUCAUCCUCAUCGGCGCCUUCAUCCUGUCCUGCGUGGCUCUGUGCUGCACGGUCAACAUCACGCUGCUGCCCUUCAUCGGAGUCAUGCUGAUUGUCGUCGUGGUGCUGCAGGUGAUCGCCUUGAUCAUCUACCCGGUCAAGUUCAACGAGCAGAUCUUCGAGGGCCACUACUACUACACUUGGGCGUACGGCUUCGCCUGGGGCGCCACCCUGCUGUGCAUCGGCUGCGCCGUGCUCUUCUGCUGCCUGCCGCGCUACGAGGACGAGCUUACCGGCCUGGCCAAAACUAAGUACCUCUACACGUCUGCCUAAAGGCCCUCUUACCCCAACCGCCACCAGAACGUCCUCCUCCGUUUUGGAACAUUUGUACAGUUUCGCCCCAAUUCAAGAUGGAGGUCGGAUCGGCAUGGUCGGCAGUAACCAUUUUUCCGCUCAGAGCUUCUCCGCACACACAAAAAAGAAAAAAAAAAAUCACCAAGUGCCUACACGUCAUUGCGAAUGAUCGUAGCGAUUGUUCUGGAGUGUUUCAACUAGAACGAUUGAUAUGGAGCAAUUUUUCCAGAGUUAUUGAUCCAGCCCCACUAUGCAAUUCUAACCAUUAAUGGAAUGAAAACAUGCCCAUGAUUUCUGAUUGCGAUUGAUCCGGACAGUUUGAUCCCAAAUGUUUGUUCCUGAGCGAACGAUCCCGCACGAACGAUCUGGAGCAAAGUAUCCGCAGCGAAUGUUCCGUAUCGAAUGAUCCAGGCCAUUUGAUCGGCAGGAUUUCUGAUCCAGCCCACUGUGCAAAACUAACACCAAUGGGAUCAAAAAUGACAACUUUUUCGAUUAGGUCGUUUGUUGUGAGGUGUUUGGUUUGAAGCAAUUGUUCCAGAAUGAAUGAUCCGCGGUGACAGAUCCGCCACAAUUGAUUUGCAGCAAAUGUUCCAGAACAAAUCCUCAGACGCGAUUAAUCUGCAAGAAAUGAAGUGGAGUUAGUUCGGUUUGUAUUUUUCGCUCAUAGGUUCUCCACCCUAGAACGAAAAUCUACACAUUAGAAAGGCUUCUUGUGUCACAGCACAUACAAAAUGUGGUUAAAUGCUAUCUUUCCACCUCUUUUCUUGGCAUUUUCAACAUUCAUUUGGACUUCUUUUGCCUACGCAUACUUUAUUUGUAUUCUUUAUUUAUCCCAAAGAGGCACCGGGAGGAUCAACUUCACCUUUGCAGUUGACGCUAUGUGAUUUAAUUGCGGUAAAAUAUUGAAUAUUUUGUGAUAGUUCAUCUUUUGGAGAAAUUAUGAUUUUAAAAAGAUGUCAGAAUGUGUGUGUGUUCUGCCUAAAUUGUGUUAUUAACUUGUACUUUUUUUGUUGGUUUAAAGGUUGUGUACCCCAAAUGUGUGGGUUUUUUUUUGUAUGUUAGGGUUUUAACCAGUAAAAGUGGGACCUGACAUUAUUCUGGAUGAAAAACACCAAAAUCCUUCAUCUGAUGUGCCUUAGCUGUUGAAGUGUCAGAUUUUUCCUUCAAAAUACUGUACCAAACUUUGUUUGAUGCAUUAUGUGAGUAAAAACAAAUGAAAAAACAGAGCGUAUUCUAGCCACCAACUCAUAGAAACAACUACUGUGUGAAUCAUAACUGACAGGCAAAAUAAAAAGACUACAGUGUAUGAUAAAUAUUUGAAUACUGGAAUUGAUUUUAUGUGUUGACGGGCAGGUGGAAAAAGACGACUACUGUAGUACCGCUGUAUUAACGCUCUGUCAAGCCUUCCUGCGGGUGUGUUUCCAAUAACUAUUUACUUAUUUUUCCUGCUUUAGUGUGAACUGAAUCUCUCUUUUUUGUAGUCUGUAUUUUUAUCCAAAUAAACUGUUUCAUUUUGACAAUA